UCCGCGUGCGUAAUAGUCUCGAUUUUGCACACGAACCGCAGAUUCUUUGUCCGCGUUGAGCUUGCGAAAACUCCCUAAAGUACAUCACUGAAAAGAAAGAAUGACGGAAUUCAACGCGAACGGCUCUUCGCAUGGUGAAAUGGUGCUAGCUAUGACAUGCAGCAAUGUCGUAGAAACAGAGGAGACCAGCACUGCAAGUGAUGCUUCACAGUUUGAGCCCUCACAGCCUUCCAGUAAGGCAAAGAAAGCAAAGUUUCUGAAAAACGUAAAUCGCAUGACCUGGGACAACACUAGUAUAAACAUACUCGUUGGGGAAGUCUCGCUGGCACACCCCUUCCGGCUUAAGUAUAAAACGGCGGAGCGGGGAAAAGCAUGGCAGCAGGUUGCCGAAGCAAUGCAAAGGAAGGGGUAUAAGGUCGACUCUCGAGCUGUUCGAGACCGAAUCAACCUCCUGAAAGAGCAAGUAAAGGUGAAAAAAAAUUUGAAGAAGGCUCCCGGAGGGGUCACAGUAGAGGAAACCCAGGGGGAGAAAAUGAUACGAGAGGCAGUAGAGGAGAUGAUUCAGGAAGAGGAGGACACGGAGAUGGCACCGAAGGAGAGAGGCGAUGAACAGAAGGUGAAGGAAGUUGACGGUGAAGAAUCAAGAAAGAGGGCCUGCGAAACAUUCGCAGAAACUAGGAAAAGACACCUAGGUGAAUUGGGCACCAGCACUACUCCACAAAGAAACAGAGGGCGAGAUACUCUUGCAUUUCUGGACAGAAAGAUGGAGUUGGACCAGGCGAUGAAGAGAAAAGAGUUGGAGAGGAGGAGAGAGGAAGAGGAGAGACAGCGAGCUGAAGAGUUGGAGAGGAGACGAGAAGAAGAAGAGAGACGGCGAGCAGAUGAGGAGAAAAGGCGGGCUGAGGAAGCAAUCCGAGAGCGACGUUUUGAGAUUGUGCAACAACAGAUGCUGCAGCAAAAGCAACAAUCCCUUCAGCAACAAAAACUAAUGCAGCAACAUAAUCAACAGAUGCAAUCCAUGAUGACGACCCUCAUUAAAUCUUUAGAAAAAAAACACCAAGGUGAAGGCGGCACCAGCACCCUUCCACAAACGAGAAACAGAGGGCGAGAAACACUUGCAUUUAUGGAAAAAAAGAUGGAGUUGGAGCAGGAGACAAAGAGGGAAGAGAUGGAGUGGAGGAGAGAAGAAGAGGAGAGACAGCGAGCUGAAGAGAUGGAGAGGAGACGAGAAGAAGAAGAGAGACGGCGAGCAGAUGAGGAGAAAAGGCAAGCUGAAAAAACAAUCCGAGAGCGUCGCUUUGAGAUUGUGCAGCAACAGAUGGUACAGCAACAGCAACAAUCCCUUCAGCAACAACAACUAAUGCAGCAACAUAAUCAACAGAUGCAAUCCAUGAUGAUGGCCCUCAUAAAUUCUUUAGAAAAUAAUUAAAGAACAAUGAAUGAUAUCUUAUUUUCAUCAUUCAUGUCUACUAGAAUAAGUUUGAAUGAUAAACAGUGAACUGUUGCUGACAUUUUACUUUGUCAUAAUUUAUAACCAAUCUGUCUUUUCAGCUAUAUAGUGUUAUUUUGAUGCCUGCAAAACUUGUUAACAUUCUUGUUAAAGGGAGUGUAGCUUGGCAAAUACUUGUUAACGCCAUUUACGUCUUCUUUUGGACAUCUGCACGUAAAUGAAUGGACUUGAUUAACGGCAGUCAGCGACUUCAUCUCUACAUAGUCAGCAUUCGCGAAACAGACCAAGGUUCUCCUCAUGCUUCAGUUUCGCAUAUGUUGCAUGUACAUUAUUGCUGCGGGCUCGUCUCGUCCGUAGUCCUAUUACAUAAGAUUAGCCCUGAGUCAGGCCAUGGUAAAGACACAUAGUCUCGUCAGGAUACACUUCUUUUAAAUUAUUGACUUUGAUAGUUUUGGUAAGUCUGAGCUUUAGAUACCAAAACCUGCACUAUAACAUUACAAACUAUUAGUUAUAACUUAACAUGCUCAAAAAGUUUAGAAAAUUAAAAACGAUUAAGUAACUAAAAAGCCUGUUAUCAUUAAAAAAGAGCCAUUAAAACGCAAGAAGGUGCUGUCUUAAAAAGUAUUGGUUUGAACAAUUUUUCACACAAAAUUAUGCUUGUGAUGUUUUGUUGAAAUAAUUGAUUAAUUGGAGAAAUCCUCAAUAACUCUUGGAAAUUUUAAAAUAGUGUAAUUAUUUUUUAACUUGUCAAUCUCCUCUCACUGAGUUAGUUGAACAAGGACCUAUACUUAGUUUAUGUUGACACAGGAAAGUUUCUUCCCAAACUGCCUAAUAAUUACAAUAAAUAAUAAUAGUUUGUCCUUAUAUAGCGCAUUUCAGGCCCUCUUAAUAUUCUUCUGCCUAAAUGAAUAAUUUAGUCCUUCUGCAACCUGUAUAUUUCUAACCGAAAAGAUAUGUUUAAUAAAACAUACAAUCAAUGACCUACAUUUCCAUUAAGAAUCCAGAUUCAGCAUAACAACUCUCUCAAUUUAAGCUAUUUAGUCUGUGGAUUUUGAAUAUGCGUACCGAGGCAAAGUACACAGGCCCCUCUCUUUCUAGUCUAGGGUGAUCUUAGAGAUCAAAUCAAGUUUACUCACUAUAUGACACACUAAUGAAUAUUCCUGUGGUCUUCCUAAGAGCUACCCCUCUGCCAUUAGGUGUUAAAAGAAGAUGUAUAGCCAUUUGCGACUGACCAAAAAUCUUGAGAUCCACGGUCGGCUUUUUAAAAAAGCUUCUUCUUUUUUUUUAUACUGUUUUUAAGAAAGAAAAAAAUGUAUUAUAACAUUCCAAACUGAGAAAUAUCAGCCCAAAGAGGGAGGAACCCAAAAGAUUUCCAACCAACCGACCCAUGUUUUGGCACCUAAAGGGCAAAGAUACAUACCGGGUAGAAACAUUGUGUUAACUUGUACAUUAUGUAAUUUAACUAUAACUUGCCUUUUUAAUGUGUAUGACUUCCUUUUUCCUCCUUAGCUUUCUUUAUAGUUGGUGCUAUACUAUCACAUUUUUUCUGUGUACCAAUACCAUUGCCCAUGCUAUAUUCCUUUCAUUCAACUGCAAAUCUGGAUACCAUAAUAUAUGAAAGCAAGAUAUUGCCACCCCCCCCC